AGCAAAACAAGUCAUGAAAAGAACAAAUGAAACCUCCCAAUCAAACAAUACUCAGUUUAACAACACACAGUGCUGUUCCUGAACCCCUAGCAUCUGCUGUCCACAAAUGUGUACUGUGUUCCUCGUCAAAGUGAGGGGAAUGACAAAACGGGUAUUAAAUACACUCCGGCUUAUCCAGAAUGCUGCAGCCAGAGUAUUAACUAAAACCAAAAGAUUUAAACACAUCACUCCCAUCUUGACUUGUCUUCACUGGCUCCCACUAGAACACAAUUGAUUGAUGAGCUCCUCCCUACCUUGCUGACAUGCUCAGUGAAUGCACACCAGUCAGAUCCCUUAGAUCAUCAAGUAAAGGUCCCCUCACUAUACCUACCUAACCCUAAAUCAGCCUUUGGUGCCUUGUCAUUAUAGUUCCACUCUCAGGAAUUCCCUACCACUUGGACUAAGGUCUGCUACAACAGUAUCUUCUUACAAAAGCAUACAAAACACCGGUUACACUUUAAUUUUAGAAUCAGUAUCAUUAUCCCCUUUUAGAUAAUAAUAAUGCCUUCUAAUAUCUUAUUCCAUUUCACCGUAUUUCCUUCUUAUCUUAUAUAGUCAUGUCAUGUAUUUGUCGUGUAUUUUUUCUUUCUAUUCUGAGUCUACACGUGUAUGAAAAGUGUUAAAUAAGCUCGACUUCACAGGAGAAUCCUUCAUACACUAAUACCAGCAAUUCACAGUGUGUUUCUACAGCUUUUUUGUGUAUGGUUUGUUGAAAGAAGUUACUGUACCGUUGUAACACUAGACAUGGAAGACCUUUUUUUCAUCAUUACUGAAAGAGGCGAGGGGAUACCAAGCUAUAUCUACCCUGGCAGGAUCUGCUACAUGAAAGAAAACCGAUACUUAGAAGAAGUUUCACAGGAGUCUAAAGUGUUACCAGUGAAGUGGCUGGGGUCUGUGGUGGAAUACAGGGUGCAGGUGGAUUCGUUGCACCCGGUGUCUAAAGUAGAGGCAGCACUUCUACAGGCUCUUGACACCGAUGAGGAAAGACUGGACGCCUUCCUGAAUAAAGCGGCCUUAGAAGCAGCAGCGGGUUUGAAGGAGGGUAGCUCUGUUUUCGUGGAGGAUAUGGGGAAGUGGCAUCAAGGCGUAGUUCAAUACAUUGGCAGCAGGAGUAGGAUGCUCUUCCCUGACUGUAUCUCUGGAACAUUCUUCAGGAUUAAACUGCAGGACGGAGCUCGGGAAAUCUGGGUCCCCUUCUCAUGUGUGAAGCCUGCCUCUGAGACCCCUGUGCAGGCAGGAGACAGGGUCAUCUUCUUCCCAAACAAUGAAACGCAAGCCCGUCGUGGCAUGGUGAUGGAGCUGAAGGAGAUUGAUGGCGAGACAUUGGCCUUCAUCUCCACGGACAAGGAUGAGCAGGGAGUGAAGGGUGGUUCAGUCACGGUCCCCCUGGGCUUUGUUCUGAAAGAGGAGUUCCACCCCUCAGAUAUGGGACUCAUGGACACUGACGCAGGCACUGGGCCCGCAAACAGCAGCUCCAUCAGCUUGAACUCCCGGGUGAGAGUGCAUCUGGGGAAAGGCUCGGUGUACGGGACUGUCCGCUGGAUAGGAAACCUGCCGGGAUCAGACGGGACCAGAGUGGGCCUGGAGCUGGACACCAAAAGUGGAGUGUCUGAUGGACAAUUCAAGGAAGUGCGUUAUUUCACGUGUCCGCCAAAGCAAGGCAUGUUUGUGAAGAUGAGCUCCUGUUUCCCAGACACUCCUUACAGUGGCACCGGGGACACACUGAUCUCCUCCAUCCCCAAACAAACCACACAAGGCCGUGAUGCUGACACUGAGAGUGAGAAUGUUCCUCCUAUCAGCUCAGAGGAUGUGAAACAUCUGCUUGUGGGUCGUAUGAAGGGUAUUCAAGGUCACUGCAACUCCUGCUACAUGGACUCUGCACUUUUCAGUUUGUUCUCCUGUUCGUCAGUGCUGGACUCUCUGCUGUUCAAACCUGCGGACCCAAAGGACCAGCCCAUCCAGAGAACACUGCUGCUAGACAUCGUCAACCCGCUGCGCAGAAGAGGCUUUGUAGAGGCUGGGAGUGUUAUGAAGCUUCGUAAGCAGCUCCAGGAGAGAGGAUACUGUCCCACCUUCACCACAGACGAAAAAGAUCCAGAGGAGUUCCUCUCUCUAAUCAUGAAUAAAAUCCUCUCUCUGGAGCCACCUAUCAAACUUUGUUCAGGAAAUAGAGUACAGAGCAGUUACUGCUACCAGAUCUUCCUGGACGAACCCCACAACCUGAUCUUGCCCACAGUCCAGCAGCUGAUUGAGCAGUCAUUCUACAGCGGUCAUCUCAAACUGGCUGAAGUCCCCUCCUGCCUGAUCCUUCAGAUGCCACGCUUUGGGAAGAACUUUAAGAUGUUUCCAAAGAUCAUUCCCUCUCUGGAGCUGGAUAUCACUGGCCUUCUAUCAGAGGUCCCUCAGCAGUGCCUGUUGUGUGGAGGCCUUGCUAGUGAGGAGUGCAAAGAGUGCUUCAAAGAUUCCGCUCUUAGCAGGAAUGGCUUCAAAUAUUUCUGCCAGACAUGCUCCACUCAGGUGCACAGGCAUCCAAGCCGGCGGUCCCACAAACCAUGUCCUUCCUUUGUGCCUGAAGGCUGGUCACAAGCCGUUGCUCCCCCCAGAGAUGUGAUGGAGAUGUUUGCCGUGCUCUGCAUAGACACCAGCCAUUACGUGUCCUUCCUCAAGUACGGGCCAAACACCACCGACUGGGCCUUCUUUGACAGCAUGUCCGACAGAGAAGGGGAGAGUGAUGGCUACAACAUCCCAGAGGUGCGCCUGUGUCCAGAGGUGGGCAGAUACCUGGAGAUGCCCCUCCCGGAGCUCGCCUGCUUGCAGCCCAGAGACAUGGAUGAUGUGGCUAAGCGCCUCUUCUGUGAUGCCUACAUGUACCUCUACCAGAGUCCCAACGCCUACCUGUACCACUGACACCUGCACUGUGUGUACCAUGGCCCAGGAAUCUCUCUUAUCUCUCACUGACCUACCCCCCCACCCAACUCCAAUCUCUUAUCUCUCACUGACCUACCCCCCCACCCAACUCCAGUCUCUUAUCUCUCACUGACCUACCCCCCCACCCAUACUACGAACUCCAAUCUCUUCAGAGGAAGCUGAGACCCAAAUGGUCCUGUACCAGAAUCCCAAAUCUCUCGGCACUGGCAUGCUUUACCAGAGUAGUAACCCUCCAAACUUAAAAACAUUAGAAGGCCAUGAAAGGCUGACCUGACUUCUGCUAAGGAUUACAUAGUCAGAACCCCAGGGGCCUGUCGACUAGCAUGAUUGUGCCUGUAAUGUAAUACUAGCUAAAUGAUGAAGUGGCUAGAUAAACAGAGAUUUGUCUUCCGGCACACUGAUACAAAAUAUUGAUGUACAGUAUAUCUCUUUGAAGAUGAUAUUCUCCUCAUACUUUUGCCAGUAGCCGUGAAACUGGGAUUGCACCAGAGCUUCCUGCUUUAAGAUAAAUGUGUAUCAGACUAAAUAAGCCUCUUGCUCUGAAUAUCAAUAGGACUAGUAUCUCGACUCCUGUACUACAACUUUUUCUAUCACCAAUUAAUUAUUUGUGAUACGACAUGGCGUGCUUGGAGUUGUGAUCAGGAUCAUAUUUUUUAUCUUUUUUUAAUAUGGGAACAGUAGGGUUGGAGUUGGACUGGUUUCUUGUACAGAAGACUUUUCAUGUUUGUAAAUAGGCUCUCUUCACUUUGAAUCAUUGAUUGCUUUAGCUUACUGUUUUAUCCUCAAUGAUGGGCAUACGCUGAAAGCUCAUUAAAGAGAACGCAAAUCGAUGUUAGUGGCAAAGCUGCUCUUCAACUCAGUCUAACCAAAGGCUUAGGGCUCUAUAGUAGAACUAUUUCUUGGGUGUAAAAAUCUGCAUAGAAAUGACAUCAAAGGGAUAUUACUAGCGGAUAUCAGUACCGGUCAGACACAGGCAUAGGACUAUGUUCUGAACAAUAUAUAUAUCAGUCACAUAGACACUGAAUUGUUGUUUCUGAAAAGAUAUGCAACUGUGAGAACAAUCAUUCUCAGUACAUUCAAAGGGGAGAGCAUCUCCACAAUAUGCUCAAUGAGUACUACUGAUGUCUGCCAUUUGUACAUUGAAAGGACCAAAUAAAAAUAAAAUGAUCAGUUGGUUGUGAAAUGGA